GAAAACACAUCGACAACAUCGAUUGCUAAAUACACCUGCAGACCGACACACAUGUUGAGCCGCACAUAUCGACUGAAUUGACAGGGAGAUGACACGCUCAAUUGUAUACAAAAUAUUUGAGUGAAGGCAAACGACAUCGAGCGUGGCAUUAAAAACAAAAAAAAAACAGUAACCACAAGAGCACAGGCAAUUACAAUUAACAUAGAAGUCAUAAUCUGAGCAUCGCCAACACCACCACCGCCGGUCUACUGUAAUCGUCGAUGUGAUGCCAGUGCGACGGUCGGGCGGCGGGACUGUGCGACGCAAGCACUCAAUCGGUAAUUUGCGUCGCGCUCAUCCCGCCUCGGGGGCUACAUGGAAUGUGCAAGUGGUGCGUGGUAAAAUGUCAUCCAAGUGCCUUUGGCAUGCAUGUCGCGCACUCGUGUUGGGCUUGACGCUGAUGCUCGUUGGCGCCGGCAUGGCUACAAUAGGCUAUUACGCGGACCAUCUCUCCACGAACUCUGAGCUGCGCGGCAACGCGACGGUGCGUGUUAAGAACGAUCUAAAGGGUUUUCAUCUCAACAAUCUCUCCUAUGUCGGUCCAAUUGUAAUGGGUUUUGGUGGCUUUAUUGUCGUGGCCUCCUGUGUUAUGACAUUUGAGGCGCGCGACUCGGCCGGUAAGGUGGUGCCAGCGCGUUUCCGUGCUGGCGCGGGUGGUAGUAAGUCAACGGUGCGCAGCAAUCAGAGCAGCGCCACUUCGCAGCGCCGUGCAAUUGGCAUACAACUGCAGUCGUCGCGUUGGGAUCAGCAAUUUGGCGUAUUUCGUACCUCACCCGCAGAGCCGCCGCCAAAAGCUACACCACAGCCUUUUGAUCGAGAUGCGCUUACUGCGGAGCUUAUCAAAUUCUCAAAGUCACUCAGCAGUGGACGACAAGUGAAAACACGCGGUCCACGUAUAAGUAACAGUUUGGUACAACGGAAUACUCGUGAAAAUGGUGGUCCAUGUGCUCUGCUGCAGCCGCCAUCUACGAACAAGCUCUACUGGCAUGCAGCCUCCUUCGAUGAUGGCUUACGAGUGGAGAAGCCACUCUCACGAGCUACGGUGGCGGAUAUGGCCCGCCGCUCCGAUACGGCUAAACGUCAUGUGCUGGCACGACAGAAGCCGAUCGAGCAGGAAGAGGAUAAGAGUAGUCCACUGGGAAAUCGCAGAAGCUCCACAAUGUCAGACUCUUCAUACAGCGGCCGCUGGACGGCGCGCUGUGCUUCGAUGGCAAGUCGCGCAUCAAGCAUCGAUUCACGACGCAUACAAGUCGAUCUACAUAGUCCGGAGGUUAUGCCAAAAUCCAUACUGCGUUCACCAAAACGUUACAGUUCCGGACCAUCCGCUACACCUUCGGUGGAGAAGGAGUUCAGAAGUCAACUCAGCGUUUGCUCUGAGCCACCUGCACCCAUACACCAACUUUCCGGUCAAUCGAGCUUAGAACCCUGCCUCCCCGAGGAGGCCGUCGAUAAUUUUGUCGAUGAAAAAUCAACUCACACCAACACCAACUCUGUGGCACUAACGCCAGAUGACCUCAGCGUUGCCAUACAAACCAUAAAUACGACAACAGUGAAUCAAGUGGAGGAACAACUACCACCACCACCACUACCAAAAAAGCUAAAUAGCAUACUGAAAAAGGCACGACCCGAUACACUCUCGCUCAAAGGCAACGUCAAACCAGCUGCAGUUGUGUGUGAGUUGAAUAAAUCACUCUGUCGCAGCCAUUCCUCACGCACCUUCUACAGACCCAAACAACAACUGCCCGCCGAACUGGACGACAGUAUUUUCUACAUACGUUCCUCUAGCGAACGACAAAGCAUCGAUAGCGAUGAAUUCUACGAUUCAGUGCAGGUGAUAAAUGAGAGGCGUACAACAUUGCUGAGAGCAGAGAGUGAGGCGGCGCUGAGUAAUGUGCAGAAGACGAGUAGUUUUUCACUGCUCGCGGAGAUACCGGAGCGUGCGCAAAACAGUUCAAUAGAUGUAGAAGAAUAUACACCAAGUGAGGAUUUGAAGCAGCCAAAGGCUAGACCUGAGGUCACACUGGAGAUAGAGCCGGAAGCGGUGCAGCAGCCGACUACUCAGAGUUCAUAAAGCAAAUAACUUUGAUGAUAGGCGUUCCAAUUAGGAAAGAGGUAAGAAGUUUUGUAGCAAACACUAGGCAAUAGCAGAUUUUAUACCAAAAUCACAAAGUCAACAAAAAAAUAAUAGGAUUUUAGAAAGGUGUUCCAAUGCCAGUAAUGGCACUAGCAAUGAGUUAAUGAGUUAAAUCAGUUAGUUAAUUAAUAUUUAGUGAGUUUUUGUUGUUUGGGAACCACUGCACACACACUUUUACGAGAACUAUUAUAAUAAGUAUUACAAACAUUUUAAGUUAAAAAAAUUUAUUUGAAAUUUAUUAUAUUGCGCACACUAAAGUGCUGGUUAAUCCAACAUUACUUUGCACCAAGCCUAUUAGCAGUUUUACGUGAGCGAGAUGAACAUAAAUUACGUUAUUUACUUCCCUAAACAAAAACAGGUUUGACAUACAGUGAGUAGAAAAAGUAAGUUGUCAAAGUGAAAUAGUAUAAAGCAGCGAGGUGAAUAAAAGUUUAAUGUUAAUUUUAUAUUUUUACAAAC